GUAGUAAAUAAAAGGUUCGCCGCUUCGGAUUUUUCAUCAUUCUCAGUUUGGAAGGCGUCCUUGUUAGCUGCUCCGAAUCGAGUUGAAGCUUAGCUUUUUUCCAAAUAAAUCAAGUUUUUUGUGCUAGUGAAAAACUACAUUAUUCAAAAUGCGUGAAUGUAUUUCCGUACAUGUUGGCCAGGCCGGUGUCCAAAUCGGUAACGCCUGUUGGGAACUGUACUGUCUCGAGCAUGGAAUCCAGCCGGACGGUCAGAUGCCUUCGGACAAAACCAUUGGUGGCGGAGACGACUCUUUCAACACUUUCUUCAGUGAGACCGGUGCCGGAAAGCAUGUUCCCCGUGCCGUCUUUGUCGAUCUGGAACCGACCGUAGUUGAUGAAGUCCGCACUGGAACCUACCGUCAGCUGUUCCAUCCCGAACAGUUGAUCACUGGCAAGGAAGAUGCUGCCAACAAUUACGCUCGUGGUCAUUAUACCAUCGGAAAGGAAAUCGUCGACAUUGUACUGGACCGCAUCCGCAAGUUGGCUGAUCAAUGUACCGGUCUGCAAGGUUUCCUGAUUUUCCACUCAUUCGGAGGUGGUACUGGAUCAGGCUUCACAUCUCUGCUGAUGGAACGUCUGUCCGUUGACUACGGAAAGAAAUCGAAACUGGAAUUCGCCAUCUACCCGGCACCUCAAGUAUCGACGGCUGUCGUAGAGCCGUACAAUUCCAUUCUGACCACCCAUACUACCUUGGAACAUUCCGAUUGUGCUUUCAUGGUUGACAAUGAAGCUAUCUACGAUAUUUGCCGACGCAACUUGGACAUUGAACGCCCAACUUAUACCAACCUGAACAGACUGAUCGGACAGAUUGUAUCUUCGAUCACCGCUUCGCUACGAUUUGAUGGUGCCUUGAACGUCGAUCUGACCGAGUUCCAGACCAACUUGGUACCGUAUCCUCGUAUCCAUUUCCCAUUGGUGACAUACGCCCCAGUGAUAUCUGCUGAGAAGGCUUACCAUGAGCAGCUAUCGGUAGCUGAAAUCACCAACGCCUGUUUCGAACCGGCCAACCAGAUGGUCAAGUGUGACCCACGUCACGGCAAAUAUAUGGCUUGUUGUAUGUUGUAUCGUGGUGACGUUGUUCCUAAGGACGUCAAUGCCGCGAUUGCCACCAUCAAGACCAAGCGUACGAUUCAGUUCGUUGACUGGUGUCCGACCGGUUUCAAGGUUGGAAUCAACUACCAGCCACCAACGGUGGUUCCAGGCGGUGACUUGGCCAAGGUACAGCGUGCUGUGUGCAUGUUGUCCAACACCACCGCGAUUGCCGAGGCUUGGGCUCGUUUGGAUCACAAGUUUGAUCUGAUGUACGCCAAGCGUGCCUUCGUUCACUGGUACGUCGGUGAGGGUAUGGAGGAAGGCGAAUUCUCCGAAGCACGUGAGGAUUUGGCUGCUCUGGAAAAGGACUACGAGGAGGUCGGUAUGGACUCCGGUGAAGGUGAAGGCGAGGGUGCUGAAGAGUACUAAGAAGGAUGCACUAGCACACGUUGUCCAAGAGACAAGAAAAUAAUUGAAUAAAUUAUUCUUCAAUCAAA